UUGAUGAUGGAUGAAACUCAACGGCAGACUAAAUAACAAUUUCCAAAACAGAAGCUCUAUCGACAGGUUCAUACAAUUUCCUGCUUUGAUAAAACUGACCAGACAGCACUUCUUCCUCUUCCAAUCUUGAAUAAUAACAAUGUUUAAUGGAGAUUCCCCCUUUCACUUAAAACCACUAUCUGUAUAUUCACAUUUGGUGUGCUCUAAGCAGCAGUACAAUGGCAACAGCCCUGUUUACAACAUACAAGUACACAUUUCAAAUAAUGAAUCCAGAGCACAGAAGAGACGCCUUGAUUCAAGUCUUGAUGAGAUCUGUGAGACCCCCCUAAAAAGGCAGCGCAUCACUAGAACAUGCUCCCAAGAUCUUGGAUAUUGUUCCUUGGACUUCCAGUCCGGAUCGCAGGGAUCCACACCUCUACAGCCACUAAUAAUCAGAAAGGACAUCACACCACCUCGGUCAAAGGUCAAUCAAUCUGUGACCCCUGUAAUGUCCACCCCUCUGUCCAAAUGCAAACAGAACCAUACAGAUAUAGACCGGGAGAGUCUUCCCUCCCCGAUACCAGUUCUGAAAUGGGACAGAGAGGUUUUGUCUGCAGAGUUAAAACUGUGUGCGUUCCUGAACUUCGAUGCUUGCAGUUCUGUUCCUUUUGUUGGCUCUCAGGGAACUGGGAAGGGUGAGAUCAGUGAGGUAUACAGUGAGGUUCACGAAUCAAAGUCUCAAAGCACGGCCCCAGAAUCAGCUGUUCCAUUGAAAGAGGAAGAAGAGCUGUUGUCGGUCAGUCAGCAGGCGAAGCCCGAGGCAUCAUCGGACAGUGGGCGAAAUGAAGAAAGUGCCUCAGAUACGUUUGAAAGCACGCUGCCCCUUCAGGUCCAGGUGAAGUCUAAAGUUGUGGUUCCGGACAACACAAAGACCACCUGCAAACCAGUGGUGUUGUAUAGUGAAGAGGAGUGGGAGAGAAACAAGAGAACAUAUGUGGACUCGGUGAAGAGACACAUGAAAGAGCAGAACGGAGCAGCAAACGGUGCGAUCACUGAGCUUCAUUCUUUGAUGAACUCCAUCGCCAAUCGGAAAACUGGAAGGAACGACCCACACUGGCAACACCCUUCAGAUCUCACUCGCAAGAAUUUCUGUAAGUCGCGUCUCAAAGGUCCAUCGGUCUCCCUUGACGAGUGGCAGAAAAGAAACCUUCUUGCCUAUCGGCGCUUUGUUAAUGUGCCAGACAUUUUCCACAGAAGCCCAGUGCUGUGAUUUAUUUAUUUGUUUUUAUUGUUAUAUAUAUUUGUUGUCAAUUCAUAUAUUUACUCUUUGUCAUUGUUAUAAAGGUGAGGAUCAUUGGUUCAUGCUG